UCGGUUGAAAAUAUAGGUUUGGAACCCAGGGCUGUCCCAGGAGACUAUCCCGCCGCGGAAAACGAUGAAUACACGCGUUCUGUGUCAAGAAAAGGUUGUAUCAGGAAUGUCUUUACCGCAUGUUUUGGCGGAAUCACUUCUGCACCAAAAAAUGACAAGAAAAAGGAAAAGAAGAUGAAAAAGCAAAGAACGCAAACAGAUGAUCCAAAGCCGUAUCAGAGGGGACUUAUAAAUAAAGCUAUUGACGGUAUUGGCAGACAUACUCUUAAUGUUGGUGUGAAGGUCUGGGAUGCGUACAUUUCAUUCGGCAACUGGGCAAAAGCCAAGUCCAAGCAAAGAGCAGGACGGAAGCAAAACAAGGCCAAACCAACAGCAGGACAAGGGGGUGACAAUGGUGGCCUCAACCACGCCCAAGGGAGCCAUGUCUCUAGCUCCGAGACUUGAACGUGGACAUUUUUAACAAAACGCUAUAUUGGGGUUCAG